AACACUGUCGGCUGAUGAUUUUCAAUAUUGCUUUGCCUGGCUUCAAAAACACUUCAAAAUUGUCAAAUCGUGUUGUGCUGGUAGAUAUAUGAUCGAUAUCAUAUUUUAAAAAAGCCGAUGUUUAGAGCUCGUUGCGCGGUCAGCAGAGCCAGCGGCAGAGGCAGCUACAACAGCAGAGCAGCGGCAACUUAAGAAUUUAAGGUCACAACGACAAAAAGGGACAUCAACAUCGAUUUUUUUGCACCCUUUGUUUUUUUUGCGUGCGGGGCACAAUAUCUUUUGGCAAACAAAGAAAAGGGGUGGCGACGGAGGGGGCGUUAAGUGCGCAGAUUUCAGCGAAGAUGAGCAAAGGCGGUGGCGGCGAUGAGGAGCAGCAUCUGCCAGGUGUUUCCAGUGCAUCAGGACCUAGGGCUGGAACGGUGGGCGGUCGUGCCACGCCCGAAAUGAAGCGCUCGGCGGUGCGCAGCCUGAUCCAGCGCUAUUUCCACCAACUGCAAACCGGCUGCGGGAACGCCCACUGCACCAAUGCAAACUGCGCCUCCAGCGGCCAGGUGGCGCCGAUGACUCCCAACGAGGUUGCCGCCCGGGCCCUACAGCUCUUCUCCCAGGAUGCCCAGCUCUGUGAAGCACCCUCCUCGGCGACCAGCAGUCCCCAGGACGUGGACAUGCUGUCCCCAAACGACAGUAGCAGCAGUAGCAGCGGCAGCUCGACGAGCACUAUAACCUCAGCCAGCACUACCACCACAACCAGCAGACAAUCGCAGAGUACGCCAGCAGCCGUUGUGGUGGCGGUUUCCAGUCCAAAUCCUGUCCAGAGCGUACCGUCGUUGGAUCUCGGCAGCGUUGAGCCCACCUUCGGCGACUCAGAACCCUGUACACCCACCCUGCCCCCAGUUCACAGCCUGGAUGCUGAUAGCCUAAUAGCUCUUUACGAACAAUGCAAGGCGGCAUCCAGUUACGACAGGAUUUGGCACGCCAUCGGCGAUGUUUUCUCCAACCUGGAUCGACUGAGCAAGAGCUUCAUACGCAGCGAAGAGCCAGCGGCUUCUAGUAGUCUACAGGAACUGUUGACCAAUCCACCAGAGGCUUUAAACAAAGAGCAGCUUCGAACUCUAGAAGGAGAACACGACAAGGACGAGGACAGUACACAACAGGUGGAAGAAGGGGCGGCUGCAGAAGAGGCCGUAACAGAUGCAUCACCAGGCCCAGAAAUCGAAACGAAAGCGGGAACCGACGAAGAGGACGACGAUGACGUACCGAUGGCUCAGCCCACAGAAUCUACUGAAGAGGAGGAUCCGUCUCAGAGCAGCGACACGCAGGUAGAUCUGCCAGGACUGCGGCGCGUGCAGAGGAUUCUUUUCGAUUCUCAACAGAAAGCCAUUACGGAAAUGCUGACCAGCAGCGUUAUUGAGCUGGCGGACUCCGUGACUUCCGUCUAUCGAAACGACGUGCCCUACUUCCUAAACGACUGGGAGAAGGUCAUUCACUGUCUGGUCAUUUGCUUUGACCUGGCCACCAACACCAAACAUAGUGUGGUAGAUCUGGACUAUUCGGACAGGGUGCUGCCCAAGCUUUGUCAUGCGGCGGCGUACAUGCCAGUACCCGGACAGGCACGUCUGGCUAGGAUUUGGGCGGCCCAUUGCUCAGAUCAGCUGCACUCGUUGGUGGCUGCGUGCCAGCAACAGAUCACGCUGCAAGUGCUCCUAGACGAGGAAUCGAUGCGUGAGAACGGGUCCAUCAUCAGCAUGACCAAAGUGUUAAAGAUUGUAUUUUUUGCCAACAUCCUGGCAAGCGAACUGGAACGACCCUCCUGCCGAGUUUCGCUGGAGGAUCGAACGGAAACGGCGGCCACCUCGGCCUCCGGCAGUGGAGCAGUGGAGGAGGACCUGUUUGCCUACAAUUCAGUGUUGCAGCCUCACAUGCCCAAGUUCGCCGAAGAUCAGCUAGAGAAGGCGCUUCAGGUGUCGGCCAUUGACUGCCGGCAACCACUUGUGCCAUUGGAGGAGUUUUACAACGAGGCACUCAGCGAAAACAUUCAGAUGCACUACGACUACCUCUCCUACAAGACGCUGGCCAUGGAGGACGAGCUGGGCUCGGGCCGCACAAACUACUUCUCGUUCAUGCUGUACGCCUUUAUCCUCACGCCGGCGACGAAGGUAGAUGCCCUGUAUUAUGACAGUCGGAUGAGGAUGUACAGCGAGCGCUACUCCUCGCUCUAUUCAAUCCUAAAUAACUUCGGUCAGGACGGGAACGAUGGCACUACGCGACCGGAUCUUAAGCUUACAGUCCGAAGAGAUCAGCUAAUCAACGAUGCGCUCAUCGGGCUGGAAAUGGUGGCCAUGAGCAAUCCGAAAGAUCUCAAAAAGCAGUUGGUAGUGGAGUUCGUCGGUGAGCAGGGCAUUGAUGAAGGUGGCGUUUCCAAAGAGUUCUUCCAGCUAAUCGUUGAGGAGAUUUUCAAUCCGGCAUUUGGGAUGUUUAUACAGCAGGAGGAAACCAACAAUAUGUGGUUUAAUGCAACACCCUUCGAAAAUGGAGCUCAAUUUACCCUUAUAGGAAUAAUUAUUGGUCUGGCCAUCUAUAAUAAUGUGAUCCUGGCUGUUAAUUUUCCAAUGGUGGUUUACCGCAAGCUGAUGGGAUAUCGUGGAACUUUUGCUGAUCUUAGUGACUGGAGUCCAACGCUGUACAAGAGUCUGAAAUCCAUGUUGGAUUACCAAGGCCAGGACAUGGAGGAAGUAUUCGACCAGACCUUCAAAAUCAGCUAUAGCAACGUAUUUGGGGAGAUGGUGGAGCACGAAUUACUGCCGAAUGGCAAUGAUGUGCUGGUGGGCCAGCACAACAAGCGGCAGUUCGUUAACCUGUACAGUGACUUCCUGCUAAACACGAACAUCAAGCAGCAGUUCAAUGCCUUCCGCAAGGGCUUCGAGAUGGUCACGGACGAAUCGCCACUAAAGCUGCUUUUCCGACCUCAGGAGAUCGAAAUGUUGGUGUGCGGAAGUCGGGAGUUCGACUUCGUGGAGCUGGAGCACUCAACGGAAUACGAGGGCGGCUACACAGAGAAAACGCAGAUCAUCCAGGACUUCUGGAGCAUUGUUCAUGCUAUGUCAAACGAAUCGAAGCGCAAGCUGCUCGAAUUUACGACAGGAUCGGCACGUGUUCCAGUCGGCGGGCUAAAGUGCCUGAGACUGCUAAUCACGAGACACGGUCCGGACAGCGAUCGGUUGCCUACCUCGCACACCUGCUUCAACGUGCUGCUUCUGCCCGAAUACGACAGCCGGGAGAAGUUGGAGGAGCGCCUGAUGAAGGCCAUCAACUACUCGAAGGGCUUCGGCAUGCUGUAAACCAUUACAUAUUCUGUCACGAAGUCCUAACUCCAAGUCCAAGUCUGUCAUCGGAACUGAUACCACCUUUCUGGGAAGAAAAAAAAGGAGAUUUUGAUGGGUUUGAGUUCGUUUUGGGUUCUGCCAUUUAUUUUUGAUACGACCUGUUCUAUGAGACAAUAUACAUACAACAUAUAUAUGCUCAAUUUCUGGUGCGAUGGCAAGCGAGCAGACCGAACGGACAUGCGAUUUUGUUCCCCUUUAUCGCCCAGUUAAAUGUAAAUAUACACCACAUACCAUAUUAUGUGAAUUCACCUAUGUAACACCCACAUUUAAGACGCAACCCGCUGAAUAUUUUCCUAAAUAAAUUUGAAGUUGUGUGCCGAA